AUGAACGCGGACGACGCCGACGCGACGGCGUCUGCCUCCAGUGCCGCCACCAGCGUCUUCAACCUGUACCAGGAAGGACUCGCCCCCGACCACAUCCUCCAGCUCUGUUUCGUGCGGCAACGCGGUCCGACGCCGUCCUCUCGUCGGCCCAACGGCACUCGCGUGGCGCAGGCGUUUGACCUGCCACGUCCAGCGCUACCGAUCGCGAGUCUUUUGCCUCCAGUGGACGUGUCGUUCGACCACUUUGUCGACCGCUCGUCUCUGCUGCCGCUGCUAAGGGACAGCACAGACGCGACAGCUGCAGCGCUACCAGCGACAGCGCUCGACCGAACGCGAGUGAGUGCGCGAACGCACUUCUUUGACCCGCGACAAGCCGCGCCGGACGACGUGAGGCAGUGGGCCGCCCUGACGAAGAGCGACUGGCUCACUGUAUACCAGAGCCUGCAGCCACGGGACCCGACACUGGACCAGGACGACGCCAGGACGGGUCCCGGAGCAGCACAGGCGCCCGAUCCCGGCGACGUCUGCUGGAUGCUCGAACACUGCCGCAGUGACGCGUUCGCUGCGUUCGUGUGGGACCACCUCCUGCUCUCGCUGUUGCAGCAGUGCAGAGAGGCGUCGGGUCAUUUGACGCUCCAGCGCUUGUGCGCGCUGCUCGUGCGUCACCGCUCACUGGCGUCGCUCAGCCCCAGGGACUUUCGUGCCAACGUGCGGUCGCGCAACUUGCGGCAGGUCGAUGAGCUGUUGGGUGCACAGGCAGAGCUCGCGCUCAUUGGUCACUAUCGACGCCAGCGCGCGCAAGCGGGCGCGCGGUUUCCCUGA